AUUAAUAUGUAUGUGACUCCAACAUGUCUGUCUUCACCACAGGAUUCACUUCACAGCACAAAACAGAAAAAUAUGAGCUAAAAAAGGCUUCUGUCUUCAUCAAGUCUCAGCUUUAGAACAAAGUUUUUCAUCUCUCCCAAAUAGUUUUUUUUUCCACACUCGCUUUUAAAUCUAUUCUAAUUUUACCAUGAAUAAAAGUGACGUUUGGUUUAGGAUUUUUUUUCAUGAAUUUACUUUUUUUCUGACUAAAACGGUUAAUUUACAUUUGCAGCAUCUUUUUAAUAAACUGAGUCGAAGAUAUGCGGGUUUUUUCAGUUUUUGAAUGACGUUCUACGUGACCCGGAAGGAAAACAAACGAGGCCCUAGCAUGCUAGCAGCACUAGCUUGUUGUCAGAGGGCGGCGGUGUUUUGUUCGAACAUUUUUGAGGUUUUUGGACAGAAAGGACGAUACGUGGUUCGGUUCCGAACAAUCCUCUUUAGCUAAAGUGUCGUAAAUGAGUGAAUGCGUGUUGAACGUAAAGACAACGUGGCUGUGAUUGUGAGACUAGCAGAUGAUCGGAGCUGCUGCUGUUCAGAGGACUUUGGUGUUUGUUGGAGCUGAAGAUCUUCUGCAGCUGCAGGAACCAUGUCUUCAGAACCUCAGGAAGAUUCUGACAGAGAACAACUUUCUGCUGCUGAAGGAACCAUCGUCCAGAACGAGGAGGAGCUCUGUGAUGUGCACAAACUGCUGGAUUUCAUCUUGAACCCGCAGCUUCUGCUCCACGUUGCAGUCCUCCCCCAGGAUUGUGUGACUGAAGAGGAUCUCUGCAACCAGCAGAGGAACUUCAGAGUGGAACAAGAGGAUCCAGAACCUCCAAAGAAUACAAAGGAAGUGCAGGAACCAGACCCUCCACAUGUUAAAGAUGAGCUAGAGGAUGUGGAGCCUCUACAGACUGAAGAGGAACAAAGGGAACCAGAACAUUUGCAGACUAAAGAAGAACAAGAAGAGUCCUGCAACAAUCAGGAUGAGGAGCAGCUUGAUCUGAAGCAGAAGAUUGACACCUGGAUGGAGAUUUCUACUUACAGGAAAAAUGAGAACCGUGAAGCAGAUCUAAACAGUCAGCAGAGCUUUAAUGUAACUGAUAGCCAGGGUGAAGAAGGAAACAAACAUGAAGAAUCAACUACAGUUGCAGAACAGAACAGAGAUCAGAGGAAAAGAAGAGAAAGAAAACAUGUCCAAAGUGUGGACAAAUUUUACGUGUUUGAAGGUCAGUGGGACUCUGAUGUUAGUAAAAAAUCAAAAGUCAGUUUGGCUAAAAAACACAAACAAUCUCCUACAGAAACGAAUGUUUCCUUUUUAAAGCCUGGAGAAAGCUCAAUAACAGUUAGUUCUCAUGAAAAGAAAAAAAAGAUUACCAAGCCUAAAGAAAGACUUCAUGUCUGUAAAGAAUGCGAUAAAAGUUUUUGUAACAUGUCUCAGCUCAAAGUCCACACAAGAAUCCAUACAGGAGAAAGGCCUUUUUCUUGUACAGAAUGUAACAAAGGUUUUAGUAAAAGUUGUCAUCUCAAAUCGCACAUUAGAGCUCAUACAGGAGAGAAGCCUUUUUCCUGCAAAGAAUGUGAAAAACGUUUUAGUCAAACGUCUGAUCUCAAUACACACAUGAGAACUCACACAGGAGAAAAGCCUUUUUCUUGUAACGCAUGUUUAAAAAGUUUUAGUCGAAAAUCUAAUCUGAAAAGACACAUGAGAACUCACACAGGAGAGAGGCCUUUUUCUUGCAAAGAAUGUCCAAAAAGUUUUCGUCAAAUGUCUGAUCUCAAAGCACACAUGAUAACUCAUACAAGAGAAAGGUUUUUGUCCUGUAAAGAAUGUGGUAAAACUUUUACUUAUCUAGCCAAUCUCAAAAAGCACAAGCAGCUUUUUUCUUGUCAAUUUUAUUAAGGAUUUAGUGUUAAAACUAAACUCAGGAAAACUUGCAGAGAUCUUGUGUAGUAAAAUACAAUAAGGGUUUACAUAAAAGGGAAAAGAUUGCGAAAAAGUCAAAUGUUUUCUCCAUAAAGAAAGAACUAGAAUUUUAUAACAGACCACCACAUUUACAUUGAAAUAUUUUAUUUACAUGGUAAAUGGCAUAAACUUACACUUCAAAGGUGAGGGAUCACUCAGAAAAGUUUUUGAAAGAAACUGUACAACUUUUGUUCAAUCCAGACCUUGAAGGGAACCAGGGUAAAGUCUAGAUAUUAAAUACCCUUACUAUAGACCAGAGCUGUUCAGCUAAGUUUGUGGCUGAUGAGGCAAUGACUCUUUUAGAGUCAGAUUUACAAACAAAUUAACUCAAUAUACCCUACCUUUCAAAAGUUUGGAGUCACUUAAAACUGUUUAUAUUUUGACAGAUAACCACUUUCUAAAAUGAAAAUAACUUUUCAUUAAUGGAAAAUACACUAUGCAUUAUUAAUGGGAUGUUGAAUAAAAGCUUCAAAUGUCCUGACAAAGAGAACUUUUAUGUGAAACUUGGCAGUCUAUUCUUGUUUUUAGAAAUGAGGGUUAUUCCAUGAAAGAUUUUCAGUUACUACUAUUUUGAGGACUACAGGGACCCCACAAAUCUGGUACUCCAGAUCCUCAACCUACUCAAAGGACGGUCAGUUUUUUUUUAGCUUUUCUGACCAGCCAAACUGUUUUGUGAUUGAAGACUUUUCUGAUCAUUUCUUAGCCUUUUGACACAAUGAGCAAACACAUAGCAAAGGAACACUGGAGUGAUAGUUAUUGAAAAUGGCCUUUAGUCACAUAUGUACUGUAGAAAAUCCACCCAAACCCAGAUAUUUGCAGCUCUUUAAAGUCAUUUACUACAUUAACAGUUUAUGGUGUAUGUAUCUUUAAUAAGUUUAAGGUUAUCCUCAUCAAAAAAUACAGAUUUUCUUUCAUAAUUAAGAUAAUUUCUAAGUGACCUCAAACUUUUAAAUGGUGGUGCGUUUAUUGUGCUUUACUGCCUUCUUUGAAGACUCCAAGUGCUUUACAGUCUUAUUCACACCCUACUGCCAAACACCGGAGCCAACCCAUAACUUCACAUUUACAGGGGACAAAAAAGUUCUGUUGCAGGAAAUUGGAAUAUUUCAAAAUAAGUUUUUAAUGUUUAGAAAUCUUGGGAUCAAACCCUAAUGUGUUAACUAACUCCAAAGCAAUCAGGGUUUUAUGACAUGUACACAGAGGCACAGGCUGAUGGCCUCUAUGCUACAGCACAUUGAUGCAGUGAUUCAAUUAGGAAAUAGUACUGAACACAUAAAAAAUAUACAGUUUUCCAAAGUCUGAGUGUGCUAAAAAAUAUCUUUUGAGUAAUAGGAAACGAUAUUCUAAUUUUCUAAGAGUUUUUUAAAAAGGUUUUUAUCAUCUCCGAGCCACAAUCAUCAAAACUAAAAAGAAAAAGGACAAAAUACAUUCAAUCUGUGUACUCAUAGACAUGUAUUGAUGUUUAGUGAUCAGACACACAUGACCCAGGACAUCAUUCAUGAGUAGGGCUGGAAUAUCUAAAAAGCAUGUAGACACACCAGCCUUCAAGGUUUUGAGUUGUCCAUCCCUGUUCUAGAAAAUAUUAGUUUUACAGCUUGAUUUGACAAUUAAAAAAAAUGUUAUCACAAAAUUAAUUAUUUUAGAAUGUACCUGUAAAUAGAAGUGUGUUGUUUUGAUUGAUCAAAGUCGAGUCUUCAUUGUCGUCGUAGUUUAUUAGCCCAUGUGUAUUUUGUCUGUGUGAGUGGCUAGAAAUGUUUUGUUAUUCGUCUUUAAUUCUUGUGCUCUUUAUGUGAUCAGGGAACAUUCGGUUAUGUUUGUGAACAAAAAGCGCAGUUUCUAUUUUGUUAUUUCAAGUAAUCUAUUAGUGAAAUGUUUUCCCAAAACGGUAUUAAGCAAGAUGUGGAUAAAGAACCAGAUUGGCGCUUCUGUCUUGUGUUCACGUUUUCUAGUAGAGAUUAGAACCUGUUUUUCUGUUAUUUUUAGCCUUUAGUGUUCUGUUCCAAUCUUUCCUGUGAAGAAUAAAGUAGACGUGAGCAUAAGAAGUGUGGAAUCUGCUGUUUGUUGGUUUUCUGCCGGUUCCAAAGCUGGGCCCUGUUCCAGAAAGCAGGGUAGGUGCAUUGACAUGAGUGAGCUACUUUUACAUAAUGAAACAGCCGGAGAGCUACUUAUGUUUGAAAACUUUUAUUCACACUUCCAAUUUUCACACUAAACAGUUGAAAAUGGUAAAGUUAGAACAAAAAACAUUUUGUGUUUUAAACUUUCUUAACUUUCACAUAUGAUGCUGUCAUUGAGAAGCCUGAUACUGCAUAGAUUCAACCAGAGAGCUAUAAGCAGGAGAGUAUCCACUGAUUGAGUCAUUGAAAUGCUCAUCUAUCAGUCUGGUUCUGAACUUUGACUUAAUGUUAUUCAUGUCAGAAAAGGCAGAUUCACAAAGAAAUGUCCACCCUGCAGCGCCUGUCUCUCUCCACAGGAUCA